UCCUCCAGCGUCAGGCGAAGGGACAGGACGCCUAGAAGCAGCUUUUAAGGGAGGAUCGUUGCCAGAAAGAUAUUGCAUCUAAUCUAAGACGUCUCAGUACUUCUACUAAGGCAAAGACAUCGAGUUUUGCUGUUGCUUUUGAAGAAUGACGAACAAUAUUCGAAGAUUAAUUUCAAUCAUAUGGUUAUGGACUCUCUGUGUUGGUGACAUUAUGGAAGAAAAACUCAUAAGAUAUGAGUCGACAACUGAUAUUGAGGGACUCGCUGUAACAACUCGAGAGUGUGGUAAUGAUGAUCCAACCAACAAAGCUGUUGUGAGAUUGGAAAUUGAUUGUGAUGAAAAUAUAUUAAGCAUCAGGAAUGAAGUAAACGCACUUCGUGAGUCUAUCAAAAAAGAUGUCUACACCAUCGCGCAGAGUCUUCAAACGUGUUCCAGUGAUAUCAUAUCGGACAUCAUCAGCAAGUUACUCAGUAAAGAUGAAUGUGCAGGAACUAACAACUGCAGUGCCAAUGCAGAUUGCAUCGAUGGUGUCCUGAGCUACAGAUGCAACUGCAGACCAGGUUACCAAGGGGAUGGAUUUACUUGCAGUGACGUAGAUGAGUGCUCUUCCGGUAAUCACUUGUGUCAUAGCCGGGCUAAUUGUACCAAUACUAUUGGAAGCUACACCUGUCGUUGUAGGCCACCAUAUUCAGGCAACGGUUAUACCUGCAACGAUAUUGCAUGUGGGUCCCCUGCCAAAUUGAUCGAAGGACUAGGGUGCGUGAUUCCUGUGGAGGAAAGAAUGAUAUGGACCAGAGCAAGAGAUUACUGCCACCGGUUAGGAUACAGGCUCCUGGAGGGGAUCACGAAUACCGACCAGCUAAAUCAGUUAAAGGAGCACUUCGACCGGGGUGUCUUCAGUUUCCCACAAUCAAUACAUGACGUGUGGUUAGGAAUCAAAGACAACAGGUGGGUGGAAGGACCCGAUCCCCGAGUCCCACCUAACAUGUGGGACAUACAUCAGCUUAAUAAAACGGAAUUCUGUGGGUAUGUUGCUCUGCAGAUGUCGCCCCCUACACUCUGGGAUGGCAAGUGUCUUACGCAUUCACUACCCUUCUUUUGUCAGGCAAUGCUUGAGUGACGAAACUCUUGUAAGCGUGCAGUUGCUUUAAGCUUUAUGGGGAAUUGUUAUUUUCUGACUCUUCUUUACAUACUUAUACUUGUAUAUGUUAGAAAUCAAUGUUAGCCCAUUUUCAAAUGACGAAUACAACAUUAGUGUAAUUGUGAUUGAGAUGGUGCAGUUGUUAUCAAUUUGAAGGAGAAUUGAAAAUUUUCUGUCUCAACUAUACCUACACACACA